AACGAACCCAAAACCCUGUCGUUUUGGCUUAUCUUCUUCCUCCGCCACUUAUAAAUACACAAAUCUCCGCACGUCUUCUCCUCGACACCCGCCUCGCCGCCUAGUACAAUCUUUCCAGGCUUCUCAUUCCUGUUCCCUUUUAAUCCAUAACCUUUAAAUCCUUUUAUUUAUACCCUCUUCGUUUUUCUUCGAUAUAUUUAAAUUUUCACCAUGGCCAUUGCUUACCCUCAUUUGAUUCCCGCUGAAAAACCCGCUUCCAUGGAGUCCUCUUUAUCCUCUUUAUCUCCUACUCCCGUUAUUUUAACCCAAGACGAGCUAAAAAAAAUCGCUGCUUACAAAGCCGUCGAGUUCGUCGAAUCGGGUAUGGUUAUCGGACUCGGAACUGGGUCCACCGCAAAGCAUGCUGUGGAUAGAAUCGCCGAGUUGUUGCACCAGGGGAAGCUUAAGAACAUUGUAGGAAUACCCACUUCGGAGAAGACGCACGAACAGGCCGUGUCGUUGGGGAUUCCUUUGUCGGAUCUUGAUUCGUACCCGGUUCUCGAUUUAGCCAUCGACGGGGCGGAUGAAGUUGACCCCUUUUUGAAUUUGGUGAAAGGGCGAGGCGGGUCUUUGUUGCGGGAGAAAAUGGUGGAGAGUGUGUGUAAGAAGUUUGUGGUGAUUGUUGAUGAGUCGAAAUUGGUGAGCCAUUUGGGUGGAAGUGGACUGGCUAUGCCGGUUGAAGUGGUGCCAUUUUGUUGGAAAUUUACGGCAAAACGGCUGCAGAAGUUGUUUGAGGAUUAUGGGUGUGCGGCAAAGUUGAGAACUUGCUUAGAAAAAAACCAACCUUUUGUUACUGAUAAUGGAAACUACAUUGUUGAUUUGUAUUUCAAGAAAGAUAUUGGGGAUUUGAAGGUGGCUAGUGAUGCAAUUUUGAGGCUUGCUGGUGUUGUUGAGCAUGGUAUGUUUCUUGAUAUGGCUACUACAGUGAUUGUUGCUGGGGAGCUUGGGGUUACAAUCAAGCAUAAACAAUGAAACUGAAGGUUUAUCAAGCAAGUGUUUAUUGUGGUGGUGCAACUGGGUUUGGAUUUGGAAGGUGAAGGUUCCUCGAGUGUUCUUGGCAAGCAGAGUGAAAUUGCUUGUUUUAGGUUCCCUGAGUGUUCCUGACUAUCAGAGAAACAACUCCUUUCUUUAUAUUUUUUCAUUUAAUUAAUGUUACUUCGAUGUUAAACCUUGAAAUAUAAUGCCAAAGAGAUUGUAUAUCAUUUAUUUAGCAAUUACCCUGAAGCCAGAAGUCAUUGUUAUUAGGUUUUUACCUAUCAGUCUGAUUGCAAUUUCAAUGACAUUGCGUGUGAAAAUUGUUUUGCCUUGUAACCUCACAUUCUUUAUCUUAAUCUUCUACCAAACCAGUGGUGAUGAAUCCUUUCUGGGUCUUUUAUGAAAGAGAGUCUGAGAAAAUCCCUAGAUUUGUUGGUAAGUACUUUUAUGUGUAAAGCUGCCUUCUCAAUAUUUGGAAAGAUUUUGCAUGACCAAAUUGAGUUCUUUAUUGGAUGCUAGUUUGUUUGUAAUUUUCUUCACGGUGACUGGACUUGUGAGAUAAGAUCAUAAGAGUUGUCACUGCUCACCAAAUCUUGUGGAUAUUGUUGAGACAUCCUUUAUCUUGAGCAUUGUUGAUUUUUUUCAAUAAUCAAAGGUUUCAAAGAAAUCCAGGUGUGACUGAGAUGGACUCUAAAGCCAACAGAUUCAAUUAAAAUCCACUUUUCCACCAUUACAAUUGUUGAAGGUAGCUGUAAGACUGAAUCCUUAUGAAGCAUGUGUAAUUGAAGUU